AUGGCAGAUUCAGUGCAAGGCGACCGAAGACCUCUACUGAGACUUUGCACGCUUUGCCGACGGCAGGUCGCUGGAGAGGCUGCUGAUGUGGAUACUGUUGACAAGCCGUUUGAGUGUGUUCUGUGCUUUGGACUUCUUGACCAGGACUAUAUUGAAGAAGUAGCUCAGGCGGUUGGAAAAUCGCUCGAAGAAUCACCUUAUGAUGCUUCUGCAUUCACAUUGGCACUAAAUUUGCCAAUCUCGCAAGUUCUCCGCGAAACAAUCAUAAAACGCUCGCGGCCCGACCUCAAUGGUAUAUUGGUCUCUGUGCCAUAUAAGAUCAGAUGUAUAGACACUUAUUUGCCAAAGCUCCGUCAGAAAUCUGGUUUACGAGCAGCCCUUGCUUCUGAUCUUCAGCUGACUAUUACUUUCGAAACUGAGGAGUUCACUAACUACGACACAAAGUUCCUUCUCGAUAAUUUUCCAAACGAUUUUCAACAGUCAAGGAAAAGGAGAUUCCAAGAGCAGACCGAUUCUCAACCUUUUACGAAAAUCAAGGUGGAACAAAUGUUGACGCGAAUUAAAGAGGAUGUGGCGAAGAAGUACUUACUCUCGUCGGCAGCUCGUUCUUGCUCUUUCUCAAUCGCAUUCGAGCGAAAUCCAGUGUUUAUUGCCGGACGAUAUUGUAAAUAUUCCCGCUCUCUACCCCAGUCUCCUUGGUCAGUCGAGGACAAAACUGCACCAAAGGAUCCUGGACAUUCGGUUUCUGAAAAAGUAUGUGGGCUUAUGAAAGAUAUGUUCUGCGCCUCUGAUGCUCGCUUCGUCGCUUCAGGAAGGGAGGAUUUGGAUGUACGUAUGUUGGGCGAGGGUCGUCCCUUCAUGGUCGAGCUGCGCAAUUGUCAUCUUACAUCGUCACUAUCCGGAACGAACUACUUGGAAACUUUGCGGAACGUUGAAUCAGAAAUUAAUCGUUUGCAGCCCGACAUUAAGUUGAAGUAUUUGACGAGAAUCACAAAGGAAGAAGCUGAACAGAUUAGCACCGGUGAAGAAGAUAAACGAAAGUGCUACGUAGCAUACUGCUACAGCACAUUACCAUUGACCGAGGAGACAUUCUCUGCUGUGGCGAAGCUAGCUCCCGUUGAUGUUAUUCAGAAAACACCAGUUAGAGUUCUCAAGAGGAGAUCAUUGUUGGAUCGCCCGCGAACAGUGUAUAACAUGGAGAUGCUUCCGAUUGAUAGUCACCAUUUUUUGUUAAGGCUCGAAACACAAGCUGGCACUUACGUGAAAGAAUUCGUUCAUGGUGAUUUUGGUAGGACGCGACCUUCUUUGGCUGAACUUCUAGGUGUAGCAAACGGUGAUGUCGAUAUUCUUGAUCUCGAUGUUGAAAAAGUUGACUUUGAAUGGCCUCUUCCAAAAAGUACGUUAUUGUUUGAAGGGAUGUCUUCUGCCACCGUCAUGAUGGUGGCCGAGAAGCCACUUCUUGCUGAUUCAAUUGCCAAAAUUCUUUCGAACAAUACUGCUUCUAAACGGAAAGGUCGAAAUGGAGUUUGCUCCGUAAGCGAAUAUAGAGGUCAAUUCCAAGGAAAACCUGCCUUCUUCAAGGUCACGAGCACAUGUGGACACGUAAUGAGCCUCGAUUUCCCCAGUAAAUUUAACAAUUGGGAGCGCGUAGAUCCGAUGGAGUUGUACACGGCUCCUACCAACAAAAUUGAAGCGAAUCCGAAGAUGCACAUGAACGACUAUCUGGCCUUCGAAGCGAAAGGCGCCGACUACCUCGUUCUGUGGCUCGACUGCGACAAGGAAGGAGAAAAUAUCUGCUUCGAGGUCAUUGAUGCUGUCAGCAAUUCUAUGAAGCGGCCUCGGGAUGGCGACUUCAUGAAAAGCGUCUAUAGAGCACAUUUCUCCGCCAUCACCGACAAGGAUAUCAAAGCCGCUAUGCAAAAUCUUGUGCGUCCCAAUCGUAACGAAGCGAUGUCCGUAGACGCUAGACAGGAGCUGGAUCUCCGUGUCGGUUGCUCAUUCACUCGAUUCCAAACGAAAUUCUUUCAGAAUAAGUACGGAGAUUUGGACAGCACUGUUAUAUCGUAUGGACCAUGUCAGACGCCCACUCUGGGGUUCUGCGUCAGUCGUCACGAUCAGAUCACACACUUCAAGCCCGAACCUUACUGGCUACUGCAAUGUGUGUUUGAAACCGCAACAGGAUUGCUUGUUCGACCCGAGUGGAAACGAGGUAGAAUAUUCGACAGAGACGUGGCUCAACUGUUCUUGGAUCGUGUCAAAAAUGCGGGACGAGGAGCUGUGACAGAUGUGAGCACAAAAGAGGGAAGAAAGGAGCGACCGCUGGCGCUUAACACUGUGGAACUGAUGAGAAUCGCAAGUAGCGCAUUUGGACUGAGCCCUGCGACAACGAUGAGUGUGGCUGAGCAGCUCUACACUCAAGGCUACAUCUCCUAUCCAAGAACUGAAACCACAGCGUACUCUGCCAAUUUCGACUUGAAAGGAACUCUCCAACAACAGUCGAACAAUUCAAAGUGGGGAGACGUCGUGAAAAAGGUUCUGAAUGAAGGUAUUCGGCGGCCUCGUGGUGGCGAGGAUAAAGGUGAUCAUCCUCCUAUUACACCGAUGAAACCUAAUAAUGGGCAACUUUCUGGAGACAUGGCUCGAAUUUACGACUACGUUGUUCAGCACUUUGUCGCGACGUUGAUGGGACCAUGUAUCUUCGAUGUGACUACUAUUGUUAUUUCUUCUGGAGAAGAGUCAUUCACAUUGACUGGCAAAACGUUGAAGGAUCCAGGUUUUACGGAGGUCAUGACAUGGUUGAAUGUCGACGAUUGUGAGAAGCUGCCACCACUUGUCCGUGGAGAUCAACUUUCGCUGAAAGAAGUUUCCUUGGCUGCUCGUGAAACAUCUCCACCGGGUUAUCUAACUGAAUCAGAGUUGAUAUCAUUAAUGGAAAAGCAUGGAAUAGGCACGGAUGCCUCAAUCCCUGUGCAUAUAAAUACCAUCUGUCAGAGGAACUAUGUUACUGUGGAAAGUGGUCGACGAUUGGUGCCAACUCGUCUUGGAAUCUCACUUGUUCAUGGAUAUUGGCGAGUAGACCGUGAACUUGUGCUACCAACUAUGAGAGCCGAGGUAGAAACACAACUCAACCUCAUUGCGCAAGGGAAAGCGGACUACCAUGCAGUCAGAGACCAUGCGCUUGAGAUGUUCCGCCAGAAAUUUGUGUACUAUGUCAAAAAUGUAGGAUUGGUCGAUACAUUGUUUGAAGCCUCCUUCACCUCACUGUCUGAAUCCGGGAAACCAUUCUCCCGUUGCGGAAAAUGUAGAAGAUAUAUGAAACUCGUGGCUACAAAACCGCAACGUCUAUUUUGUUCAACGUGCCAGGAAACAUACUCUGUGCCGAACGCGAGAGACGGAAUUCUUCGCCCAUUCGGUGAAAAGAAGUGCCCACUUGACGAUUUUGAGCUAGUGUACUGGAACGGUUCUGGAGGAAAACUUGCACGAAGUUUCGCGCUCUGUCCCUUUUGUUACAAUAAUCCACCCUUUGAGUCAAUGAAAGAAGCAGAAGGGUGUUCUAACUGUCCUCAUCCAGCUUGCCCACACUCAUACAUGUGA